AUGGAGCAGGCCAACUCAAUUGCUGCUGCUUCCUCGCCUAUAGCACAAACUGAGAACGGCGACACAGAAGAAGACUCAGCAGCUGCAAACCUUCUUCUCAAUUCUGCUGCUGCUGCUGCUUCUGCUGCUGUAGAUUCUGCUGCUGUAGAUUCUGCUGCUGUAGAUUCUGCUGCUGUAGGUUCUGCUGCUGCAGUGGGUACUGCUGUUCCUGUGGGUGCUGCUGCUGUUGCUGCUGCUGCUGGACAGCUGCCAGCUACCGCUUUAGCAGACCAGGAAGGAGAGCAACUGGCAGCAACAGCAGCAGCAGCAGAGGCAGGGACAGAUGCUGCUGCAGAAGCUGCAACGGGGGAAGGAGUAGCAUCAGAUGAUGCUGCUGCUGCUUCCUCUGUUGCUGCUUCUGUUGCUGAUGGCACUGUAGAUGGAAGAGAGAAUGGGAGUGCAGCAGCAGCUGCUGCGGAUGCUGCAGCAGAUACUGCAGCAGCUGAGACAGCUCACGCAACAGCAGCAGCAGUAGAAGAAGCAGCAGCAGCAGGAGGAGAAGAAGCAGAAGCAGCAGCAGCAUCAGAAGCAGCAGCAGAAGCACCAGAUGUGCCUUUGCUAGAACAAACUGCUGCAGCAGCCGAUGCAGCAGCCGCAAGUGCGGCAAGCCUGCCCGUUACUGAAGGUGCUGCAGCUGUUGCUGCUGCUGCUUCCUUCGAUUCUGCUGCAGCAGAAGCAGCAGCAGAAGUUGCAGCAGAAGCAGCAGCAGAAGCUGCAGCAGAAGCAGCAGCAGCAGCUGUAGCAGAAGGUGCAGGGGAAACUGCAGCAGAAGCAGUAGCAGAAGCUGCACCGGGAGCAGCAACAGAAGCUGCAACAGAAGCAGCAGCAGCAGCACCAGUAGCAACAGCAGCAACAGAAGCGGAAGCAGUAGCACAGCCACCAGCGGAAACAGAAGCGACAGCACCAGCAGCAGCAGGAACUGUAGCAGCAGCAGACGGCGCAGCAGGAACUGUAGCAAGCGCAGCAGUAGAAACAAAAGAUGCUGCAGCAGUUGCUGCUGCUGCUGCUGCUGCUUGGCAAGGAAGCGAAAUGAAUGGAUCAAGUGUACACGAUGGCGAGCCUGCUGCAGUUGCUGCUGCUGCUGCUGCUGUUGCUGCUGCUGCUGCUGCUGCAACAUCAGAGUGCGCUCUAGGCCAUACACCAAGAGAACUAGCAGCAGCCGCAGAGGGCGCAGCAGCAGAGCAGCAGCAGCAGCAGCAGCAACAGCAACAGCAGCAACAGCAACCGCACGAGGACGGGGGAGAUCCAGGACCACACGAGAGUGGUGUGCAGCAGCAGCAGCAGCAGCAACAGCAGCAAGAGCAACAGCAGGAGCAGGAGCAGCUGCAGCAACGCGAGCAGCUCCAUGAGUCGGCAAAAGAGCAGCAGAAGCAGCAACAACAGCAGCAGCAGCAAGAGCAGCAUGCGCCCUCCCAACAGCCGGAGCAGCAGCAGCAGCAGCAGCAGCAGCAGGAGCAGCAGCAAGGAAGCGUAUCAGCUGGAGAUGAUGAGGCAGUUGAUGUUUUUGCGGUGGAGGCGCAGCAAAAAGAGAGACAAAGAAAACAGCAAAAAGAUUACAGCAAACUGUGGAGAGUCUUCGGAAGACAAACAGAUGCAGGCCGUUUGCUGUUUCAGCUGUACGCACGGACGCAGCAACGCGGCUCUCCUGGGGCAUCUCGCAUCGUUCCUGUUAAUCCUCAAACAAAGAGCGGCAGCGGGGGCCCCACGCCUUUGCUGCUGCUGCAUUCACGAGAGUCAGCAGCAACAGCAGCAGCAGCAGCCGCAGCUGAAGCAUGGAAGGCAAAAGGAAAGGCGAGUAUGCGGCAGCGUCUUGUAAAGGUCCCUGUUGUGGGGCGUAGGCCUCGUGCAGCAGCAGCAACAGCAGCAGCAGCAGCAGCAGCAGGGGGUUCGUCUUCUGCUGCUGCUGCUGCUGCUUCUACAGCUGCUGCUGGGGGGCCCACAAGGAGGCGUCCUUUACGUAAAACGCUGCAGCAGAUAAUGGAAGAGACGCGCCGGAGUGCAACAGAAGCUCAGCAGCAACGGCUGCAGCAGCAGCUGCAGCGGCAGCUGCUGCUGCAGCACAGCGAGAGCUUAGAUAGAGAGCAGCAAAAAGACUCUCUCUCUCGUUGCUUCCAGCUUGAAGUCUGCUCUGCGCUGCCCCCCAAGGCGAGGCUUCCUGCUCUCACUUCUAUGCAAAAGAAAGAACUCCUCUUCCUUCCUCAAACCAAAGCAACAACUAGCUAG